UUGAGCGGAAGUGAUGGGAAGUGAGAAGUCUGUGGGACAGCGCACGUGAGCGCUCAAUUGACAGCUCUUAUUGGUACAUAAAGGGCAUAGAGUGGAGCACUAAAUACUGACUACCAUGUUUGUGCUUGCUGAAAUGAUGGACACGGUUCGGACAACUCCGUGGCAGUUUGAACGCAAAUUAAACGACUCCAUAGCAGAAGAGCUUAAUAAGAAACUGGCCAACAAGGUUCUAUAUAAUGUAGGUCUCUGCAUCUGCCUUUAUGACAUCACCAAACUGGAGGAUUCCUUUAUUUUUCCUGGGGACGGAGCGUCUCAUACAAAAGUCCAUUUCCGCUACGUGGUCUUUCAUCCUUUCCUUGAUGAGAUACUGAUGGGCAAAAUCAAAGGCUGUAGUCAGGAAGGUGUGCAUGUGUCUCUUGGCUUUUUUGAUGACAUCGUUAUUCCACCAGAAUCAUUACAGCAACCAGCCAAAUUCGAUGAGACCGAGCAGGUGUGGGUUUGGGAAUACGAGACAGAGGAUGGAGCUCAUGACCUGUACAUGGAUGUGGGAGAGCACAUCCGCUUCCGGGUGGUAGAUGAGACCUUUAUAGAUACAUCACCAACUGGGCCAAGCUCAGCUGAUGCAUCCACAGCAAAUACAGAGGAAAUACAACGCAAAGAAGCACCAUAUACUUUAGUGGGUUCUAUAAGUGAGCCAGGUCUGGGCUUACUUUCCUGGUGGACAAACAACUAAAGAAAGAAAACUUUACUUCCACCUUACAAAAAACUGUGCACCUCUUGGGACGUUGAGAUUUCAUCUUAUAGCCAUGGAAGUACUUUGCAAGUAAAACCGCAGAAAGUUAAAUUCGCAAAAAGGAUUGUUGAAAUCAAACGAGUUUGAAACAUAACAGAAGACGGAUGUUUCAGGAUGGGGGCCUCCGACAAAGACCUCACUGACUCCCGUUGAGUAACUUGCAUUACUCAUAGAAAGACAGAUGCAUGCUAUGGCUGGAGGAGAAAUGGGCUCUAUCUGUAUUAAAUGGCACAAACAACUGUCAGCAAAAAUACAAUUACAGAAUAAAGUCAACUCAUAAACAGAAUAAUUAAUAAAAGGCUUAGAGAUUCCUAAUCAAGCUCUUAAAAUUUGCCUUUAAUUAUAUGUACUCCUAAUUUUGCAGAUCCCUUUUGCCUUUUAAUUAUAAUCAUGCCUCUGAUUGUAGCAGGUGGUGUAUUUUGACCUGACCAAAUGUUUUGUUGUAUGCGCUUGUCAUAGCAUUGGUGAUUAGAUAGGAACAAAAAGGAAUAUCCUUAAGAAAAGAAUUAAGCUAUCCUCCAAUAUAUGAAAAUUAAAGUUUGCACAAAUGGUAAGUUUUUGAGUAGAAAACCUACAUUACUGAUUUCUUACGGCUGCCUGCUCACUCUCUGACCGUACGGGGAUUGGCAGUGUCAAGCACUGCCAGGAACCAACAACGCGUUAUGGACACUGCCGGUGCCCUACUGUCUGAUAGAGGGAGCAGAGAGCAGGGCGUGAUCCGGGGCAAGGCAAGUAAUAGAGUUUUAUUCACUCAAAUGCUUAAAAUAACAAUUGUACAAAGCUUACUUAUAUCAAAAGCAGAUUUUGCUUACUGGUUUGCUUAAGGUGUAGUUUAAUGUCACUAAACAGCAUUUGCUUUAUUGUGCUUUAUAUUACACACAAGUCAUGGUCCUAUCAGUAAGUGCUUUUAUUUUUGUUUUUAUCCAUGCUCACAUACAGUAAAAUAUCCUGUUCACCAUUCUGUAUAAUAUAUGGAUCCUGCUUUA